AUGCGUCAACAAGAGAUAGUGCACCGGGUGACGGAGACGCAGAGAACACCGCAAACACGCCAGUUGCCUUCGUCUUGCGCAGUUCUUCUUCGCGUUCACUGGUUCUUUUUUCUAUUCAUUUCACAAAAAAUGCUAUGGCCAAAGCGAAAAACAACGUAUUUAGUUGCAUUCUCUGUAAUUAUUUUACUCUUGUUCAUUUUGAGACCUAAAAAAAUCCCUAAUUCCGUGCGACCUUGGCCUACUUCUAAUAAUAUUGUGAUUUAUAACAGGAUUCCUAAAACAGGCUCAACAACAUUCACAAAUGCAAUCGCUUAUGAUUUAUACAAGGAGAAUGGUUUCAAUGUUCUACAUGUGAAUAUGACCAAGAAUCGACAGGUCAUGAGUCUUCCCGAUCAAUACGUCUUCAUUAACAACGUCACAACGUGGAGGGAGAGAUUACCAGCGUUUUACCAUGGUCAUGUUGCGUAUAUAGAUUUUACAAGAUUCGGAGUCGCUAACCCAAUCUACAUCAACAUCAUCAGAGAGCCACUGGAACGACUACUCUCCCACUACUAUUUUCUACGGUAUGGGGACAACUUCCGAGUUGGACUGAAGCGUAGCCGCGCUGGAAAUAAUGAAACAUUUGACGAGUGCUACUCCCGAGGCGGCAAGGAUUGCGAUAUGAAACAGAUGUGGAUGCAAAUCCCCUACUUUUGUGGACAUUAUCACUUUUGCACAGAAGUUGGAAGUGCUGAAGCGUUGAAGAUGGCAAAGCAGAACGCCCUGGAGAAGUAUCUGUUGGUCGGAACAACGGAUCGGAUGCGAGAUAUGAUUGCAUUACUUGAAGUCACCGUUCCACAUUUCUUCAAAGGAGCACUUGGACAUUUUGAUCAACUUGAUGAAAAUCGCGCCCAUCUCCGCUACACAAAGAAGAAAAUCCCACCCAAUGAGCAGACACUAUCCAUGAUCCGGCGUGAUGAAGUCUACAAAAUGGAACGCGAGUUUUACGAUUUUGUGAGAGAUUUGUUCGAUGCUGUUUUCAAAAAAGCAACGAAUGGAACAUCUCGAGCUGUGGAUCUCACAAAAAUGCCACUACAAUAUCACUUUGAAAAAGUCAAGCCAGCAUAA